AUUUGGAAUUUGGACCUUAAAUUAAACUAAGCAGUAAAUGAUUGAGAUUUUGAAAUAGAAGAGGGAUAAGUAUAUAAAUACAGUAAUAAAAACAUGCAGGCUGUGAAGGAAAAGCUAACUGACAUGAAGGAAAUGCGCAAGGCCAAAGCUGAGGCUAAGGCUGAAGAGAAGGAGGAGAAGGAGAUUGCAAAAGUGAGGAUGGAGGUAGCCCAUGAAAUGAGAUUAGCAAAAGAAGCUGAAGCUGCGAAGGCACGUCACAUUGCUAAAGCUAGCCAAGCCAUUGAGAAAGAAAUUACAAAGCGUUCAUCUUACAUGACCGACUAUUAGCAUUAAUAUUUGACUGUUUGAGAAUAAAACUAAAUAUAAUAGUUGUAACUUGUAUUUGAUUUAUGGUUUGUAAUAAUUAUGAUGGAUAAUAGUAUGUGUAAAGUAUAUGUAUAAUGAUGGUGAAAUGAUAGUUUGAAAUAUAUGAUGGGUAAUAGUAGUAGUAGAAUAGGUAAUGGAUUAGUUAGAUGGGACAAGUAAGAAAUGAGUUAGAUAAAGAGUUGAGAUAAUAUGGUUAGUAGUAAAUUCAAUUUGUGAUACAUAAGCUCUUUAUAUAGUUGUGGAGGUUGGUGGUGUAAGCCUCCUUUUACAA